AUGGCGUCCCCGGAUACGACCAUGGCUGAAACCAUUAGAAAGCAGGGCAACGAGUUGUACAAGCUCGGGAAGCUCGCAGAAGCCGGCCGCGAAUAUGAGAAGGCGGCCGCACUCGCACCCAACGACCCAUCGCCAUUUUCCAAUCUUUCUAGCGUCAAGUUUGAGCUGGGAGACUAUUCUUCUGCCAUCGAAUACAUCCUCAAGUCUCUUCAGCUCACGCAGGAUGAUUCAGACGCAGCGGUCAAGAAGAAGAAGACUCUCCAUGAACGCCUCGCAAAAUGCUACAUACACGGGAGACGAUUUGAGGAGGCCCGAAGCAUUUCCGAGAAAAUAAGGGAUGGUGCUGCCGCCGACCAUGUCCUCGGUAGCCUGGAAGCCCUCACCGCCUGGGCGACGGCAGGAAGUGCCGUGGAUGUACCAACGCAUCGGAAGUUGAUGUUUGAUCGCCUCCCUCGACUAAUGACCGGUUUGGAGAGUACACCCGAGUACUAUGCCAUCGGGCACGACACGGCAGAAUCUCUCUUCGACGAGCGCCUGAUAAAGUCCUCUUCGUCUCAGGACUCGGUAUCCCUAAUGUGGUGCGGUAGCGGCGACGGUCGUCAUGUCUUCAGCACCCUCGUCAUGGUGGGCAUGCAGGAGAUGUCACAAAAGAAACGAAUCUGCAAAGACCUUCACAUCACGCUCGUGGACAUCAAUGCGACCGCAAUCGCCCGGACCCUCAUCUUUCUUGACAUGAUGGUUUUUUACUCGUUCCUAAGGAUCAAAAAGACCCCGGGAAUUGAGGACGCAUCCACUAUCAUGGCAUAUCUGUAUGCUACCCAGGUUGUACCAGCAGCAGUCAACGAAAAGCUUCAAACGCACAUUGAAGCCGUCCUUCAAGGCCUUGAAACCGAACAUGAGCCUCUAUAUGACUGGCUUUAUCUCUCUCCCACAACCCGCAAGGCGGUUGCGCAGGUUCUCUGCCGAUGGCAGAAACCUCCCCAAAAGGCUUGUUACAGCCCAGGUACCAUUAGACGCACCAUCUUAGAGAGGGUCAAUGACGAGAGGGCCAAGAGGUCGGCAAUGUACGGCUACGACGGCCGUACGAAGACGGAGCCAGGCUUCAAGCUCGACCGUAAGAGUUUCGAAGACCUCGGCGUGGUCCUUCCGUCCAAAGGCUUCGCCGAGAGACGAGAUGAGCCGCUUGUCGCCUUGAUGAAGCGGUACAGACAGGGAUCUGAAGAUGCCAAACAAAAGCUUGCAGCUCACAUCGAUGAAAACUGGGUCACCAACUUGACCCUCAUCGACUUCGACUAUUCCGAAGUCCGCAACUACGCCGACGACCCGUUGUAUCCCAUGGUGGACGACGAGGACGAGGUACCGGCCAUUGAGGGCGACCCCACCGAGAUUGCCAACAUGUUUCCAGCAAUCUCCAGCAACAAAGGGGUGCUUGAGAAUGUCGGAGAUUUCUUCACCACCACAGCUCUGAUGCUGGCCAGACUUGGGGGAGAGAACCGGCUUAUGAUCGAAGCUAUGGUGGGGGAGAUGACUGACGUUAUGGAGCGCCUUCGCUGGGACUGUCUCGAAGCCCGGUCCCCUUUGCCGGAUGCCAAAAUCAAUCCAGCUAGAUUUCCCCGCCAGUAUGACCGAAUCCACAUGAGCAAUAUUCCUGAUUACGUCGGCGGUAUGUUUCCCCUCGCUCUUUACGCGCGACCGCUGCUCCGUGAAGGCGGCGAGUCCAAUCUGAGAUUCACCGUCCUCCUGAACCCCCCCGAGUUCAAUUCCCACCAGCACUUCCAGUCCGAGUACUUGGUGUUGCACGACGACAAGCGCAUCAAGGACCACUUCGCCAUGGCUCGCAUACCCGGGUACAUCGAGGGCGAAGAAGCUCUCGGCCCCAUGGAUAAAUCCGACAUGCUGCAAGUCAUGCGCAUGACCGGCUAUCCCCACCUCACCUCCCUCGACUUCGUCGCCGAAGGCUACAUCGUCUGGGGCGGGUGCCGUCCCAAGCGCCUCUCCCGCGGCAACAACGACCUCCUCCCGCGCGCGGUCCUCGAGAAAUGGCUGCACGCCUUCUUCCUCAAGACCUGCCUACCCUUCCCACGCAACACCACCACCAUGAGCCCCGUCUACUCCCCGCUCAACCUCACCGCCCUCCUCCGCCUCGCCACCCACCUCGCCCACGCCGGCUACCCGGCCCACUGGCUGUCCGCCAUCCUCGCCGACCUCUGCAGCGGCGCCAUCGCCACCGCCGCCCGCGCCCCGCGCGCCCUCAUCACCACACCGGGAGCAUGUUGA